UCCAGAUUGCAGCAAGCAAAUUUUAGUAGAGGAAGAAGAGGUCGUCGAUAGCAGAGCAGUACGGAGAUGGCGAAAGCAGCGACGUCGUUGUCCCUCGCCGGCCUCAUCUUGGUGGCCGCCAACCUCCUGCUCGCCGUCUCGGCAGCAACGACUCACACCGUCGGCGGCAACUCCGGGUGGACCAUUCCUAUCGGAGCCAAUAACUACACCGCUUGGGCUUCCAGCCAGACCUUCGCCGUCGGCGAUACCUUAGUUUUUAAUUUUGCGAGCGGGAUACACAACGUGAUCCAAGUGCCGUGGGCGAGCUUCAACUCCUGCUCCACGGCCAAUCAGAUCGGCUCGACCUUUAACACCAGCCCCGCCAGGUUGCCCAUCACCACCGCCGGGAUGCACUACUACAUCUGCGGGUUCCCCGGCCACUGCGACGCUGGCCAGAGGCUGGCUAUCACCGUCCCCGCCUCCUCCUCCUCUGCCUCCCCUCCCACCGCCGCCGCUACGGCUCCUACCGCUCCGGCGCCCGGUGGCAGCAGCAGCACUGUGCCAUCGGGUCCCAGCCCUGGUGGUCAAGUGCCCGGUUCGUGCGCGAUUUCAGUUCCAUCGAUGGCGUUCGUCGCCCUGUCGUCCCUGUUGGCCUCCCAAUUCUUGUUCUAAAUAUACAUCUACGACGAUACAUAUGAUCGUAGCUUUCGGAUUGUAGAAGUGUUGCUUUCAGAGUCACGAUUAAUUUUCUUCCUUGUUAGAGAUGAGAUACGUUGAUGCUUGUUGGUACACACAAUAAUAUAGAAUAUAGUGGAUGAAUUCGAUUGAAAUGGACUUUACAUUUA